UAAUUGACGUAUUUCUGUAGGCCACUCUCGACAAAAAUACAAUAGGAAUAUUUCCAUUGUAUUUUGAAUUAUUGCAGAAAAUGAACUCUUUGCUAAACAUAUGUUCAUGAUACUCAUACGGUUUGUUCAGCAACAUAAUCCUCACACGUGUACACAACUGUUGUGAAUUUUGAAGCCUGAAUACAAUCGCCGGAAGUAAAAAGCUAACUUCAGGCUAUAAACGAACUAAACCGAGUCCACAACGAGGCGGUCUCGUCCACCAACGAUGAUCGAUGGAUUUAGGACUCUUUCUUGCAACACUCUUUCACGAUCAACCCAUGGAUUUAUGGGAAUAGUAGUUUAUUGCACAUGUAAUUAGAAACAUAAUGGAUAUUUGUCACGGUUUCAUUCAUCGUAAGUGGCCGGGGUCUGAUCAUAGACAUGGAUCUUUUAACUUAUUGCACUGGUUAAAGUACUGAAACCUGCCUGUCUGUGCACUUUAUCUUAUAUUUAUAUUCUUAAUUAUCACACUGUGUUGAUGGGUUGUUGAUUGUUGUUAAUGUUAUUGUCUAUUGUCGCACCACCCGCCAUGACAAAUUCAUUGUAUGUGAAAACAUAGGCAAUAAUAAGUUCUGAUUCUGAUUCUGAAUGACUGCUCUAAUAUUUGGGGACACAGCGCCACCGUCCGGUGGAAGUUCAUUCUAACAGCAGCCUGUCCCUCAUGCCAUAUUGUCAGCAGGUGUAAUUGCAUGUAUAUUUGAUGAGGAAGAUACAAAUGAAAACUUUUGAGAGAAAUUAUUGUUAAAGGUGAGUGACUUUGAUACACGUUUCAAGAAUAAAUUGCAUAAUGUAUUGUUUGAGAGGAAAUCCAUCAUAUAGCUUUGAAAUGUUUCCAUGGCAAUAGUACAACUGAAUCGUGCACACUUGAUUGCUUUUCCUGCCUCUUGUUGUCUAGACUCUAGGACACCAAACAUCACAUUAUUCCACACCAAAAAGAAUCAAUUCUCAAUAAUUUAUGAACGGUAUCGAAUCUCCUCCUUUACGACUGGUUGUGGGAGGAGCGUAGAGCACGUGAUUCUGACAGGCUGUCACGCGGACACCCGCUGUUUUCCGGCGCUCGCACUUGUUUCUUUGCGAAAGAAAGACACCCCUCCGUAUGACCAGUUUGUACCGACAGAUGCGUCCUUUUCGUCCUCCUUUCAACAGAAGAGAACAGGUGAACACAGCUAGCUACACCUAGCUUUUACGUUUCAGGGAGCAAUGUCUGACAUGAGAUGAGGCUUGUGUUUUUAAAAGGGCAAAAACUGGUUCGGAUAAUUAGCGCUACCGACCCAGGAUUCUGGCAUUACUUUCAUUAACUGUCCCUGUCAUUGAUCUACCAGAGCACGUUUAGCAGCAGACAUGCAACUCCUUUUGGUAUUAAAAGUAGAGUAGCUUUGACUAUGAAACACACGACCACAAAACAGAGGCAUUCAAGAAUGUAACAGUUACGUGUAUUUGCGCAAAUAAAUGAUGCAGCUAACAGACUCGCCAACCGGUCAACACACAUUGUACAGGAAAUCCCCAAAUGAGUUUAUAGUCCCACACGAUGCUCGUCCAUGGAAUUGAUAUGAUUGCAGGAAUGAAUCGGUGCCAAGAACCAGGUCAAGGUGAGGAGCAGGAGGAGGUGACUGGGAUGGUAUGUCAGGAGGCCGACCUGAAAGAUGGACAAAUGAAGGAGGUGACUGUGGGGGACCAGACGGUCUUGCUUGUUCGCACUCAGGGUCAGUACAGUGCUGUUGGGAGCCAGUGUUCUCAUUACAACGCUCCUCUUGUCAAAGGAGUGCUGGUUGGUGACAGAGUUAGAUGUCCCUUUCAUGGUGCUUGCUUUAAUGUCAGAACUGGAGACAUCGAAGAGUAUCCAGGUCUGGACUGCCUGCCUAGUUACAAGGUGAAAGUUGAGGAUGGCAAGGUGUAUGUUUCCAUCCACAAAAAUUCUCUGAAGUUGACAAAGCGUGUGAAGGAGAUGUGCAGCAGGGUACCAGACAUCAAACACACUAUUCUGCUGGUAGGAGGAGGCCCUGCCUCGCUCAUUUGUGCUGAAACACUGCGGCAGAACUGCUACCAAGGUCGAAUCGUCAUGGUAACCAAAGACACCCUGCCUCCCUAUGACAAGCCCAAACUGAGUAAGGCUUUGGAUCUGGACAGCAGCCACAUUCUCCUCCGAACAAGUGACUUCUAUCAGCAGCACGGGGUGGAGGUGUGGACACAGAAGGAGGUGGUGUCGGUGAACCCGGCUGAUAAGGCGGUGAAGUUGAGUGACGGCUCUUUGCAGCGUUACGACCAGCUUCUUAUCGCAACUGGCUGUAGCGCGCGACCGCUCGACUGUCCUGGUCGGGACCUGAAAGGAGUGAAGUUGCUGCAGAGAUAUGAAGACGCCAAAGAGAUCCACAACUCCGGUCUGGGCCGGAAAGCUGUUGUGAUCGGAUCCUCCUUCAUAGGGAUGGAGGUGGCAUCCUACUUGUCAAACAAAGCUGCCAGUGUGGCCGUGAUUGGCACUUCCAGAUACCCGUACGAGCGAUCACUGGGGCCAGAAAUCGGCAAAAUGAGUUUGCACAUGUUGGAGGAACAGAAUGUAAAGUUUUACAUGAAUGACGGAGUCACCGAGAUCCAAGGGGAGGACGGCAAGGUGAAGGGGGUGGUCCUGAAGAGUGGUAGAGUCCUGGAGGCUGAUGUGGUGAUUGCCGGAAUUGGUGUAAUCCCCAAUUCAGACUUCUUGGCAGGAAGCGAGUUGGAAGUGGAUUCAAGGAAAGCUGUGAUUGUUGACAAGUUCAUGAGGACCAAUGUACCAGAUGUUUUUAGCGCUGGAGAUGUUACCUCUUUCCCUCUGACCAUUCGUGGAGACCAAAGGGUCAACGUGGGUCACUGGCAAAUGUCACACGCUCAAGGAAGAGUAGCUGCCUUAAACAUGCUGAAGAAACCAACCAGAUGUGAGUCUGUUCCUUUUUUCUGGACUGUGUUACUUGGGAAGAGUAUCCGAUACACAGGCUAUGGGGAAGGAUACACAGAAAUCAUAUUCAAAGGCAAAGUGGAAGAAAGGAAGUUCCUGGCGUUUUACAUCAAAGAUGAGGUGGUGGUCGCGGCGGCCAGCCUGAUGUUCGACCCUGCUGUGGCUCGUCUUGCCGAGCUAAUGGCGACUGGCCAGAUUAUAACGAAGGCACAGGCUCAACAUGACAGACACUUGUGGGAAACCUGGAUGACAUCAAAGUCAUGUAAACACUACACACACAGGUAUAAAUGAUCAAGUUAGUUUAUGUUUUAGAGCAUCAUAUCUCAAAUCCUAGGGUGGGGCUCAUAGCCUGGAUACUACUAAAUAUGUGUUUUCUCACUCCCUCGUGUUCAGAGUUGAUGACCUGAGCUGGCUGCAGAUGUGACCAGCGCAUUCCUCUUUCUUGUUCCUCUCUUGUUGAAACUACAGCUCUACUAAAUGGGUUGUCCAAAAGGUCACAGUUUGUGAUUAUUAUUAGCUACCUAACAUAAAUAUGUACAAAUAAAUAUGUUUUAACUUGAAGACAUCCAUACCACACUCAAUUUAAUGUUAUUUUGUAGUAUUGUCAUAGUUAGGUAAUACUAAUAAUUAAGUAAUAGUAUUUUUCAUACUAGUUUAUUCACUUAAAACGUUCUGGAAAUACACAAACCACUACACUUAACUUUUUUUAAAUCUAAAAUACAAAGUUCAGUUCAGAUGCUGGUGUUUAGUUUACCUUAUGCUGGAUGCUUUGUGGUGCAUAACUUAAGCGCAUAUGAAACAAAUGGGAUUGUCCAUAUCAUACUUACUGUUGUCAGGGUGGGUUUUCUGUCCGUCUGUGUUUUUACUUACAUUGUUUGUUACACUGAUGGCAAUAAAUGAUUACUCAUUAGUAGAUAACCUUCUCUUCUGUUUCACAGUUGCUUCAGAUGUUGACGCAACAAAACAAUCUUAAUCUUCUGGUGUAGUUGGAACAUUUCUUGUUAAACAUCAGAUUGAUUAUUAGGUCUUUGGAGUUUGACUUCCACUUUUGUUGUUCAUUGGUGUUUUGAGUCUGAGUGCCAGGCAACAAGGGAAGUCCACUCUCCGCAGCCUUUGCCUGCAAAUAGUUAAACCUGUCAGAGUCUUAGUGUUGUCUAAACCAAAUGCUCAGCCAUAUAGUCGUAUAACCCUGUUUGAAUGUGUCCUGUCUCUCCACUCUUACACUGCCAUAUGAUCUAUCCGAUGUGUCGUCCAGUCCUGUAUGAGAAAUAAAAACAAUCAAAACUUCUGGUCAUAAG